AUGGGUCUGGCUUCGAUUCUAAAACGCAGAAGAAAGGCUCAGUUGGAGUCUAUAUCUCGUAGAGAUUCAAUCAGCAGUUUGCCAGAUGAUAUUCUUGGCAUAAUCUUGUCUUUACUUCCCACAAAACUUGCUGCUUCCACAUCGGUUCUGUCUAAGAGGUGGAUGAAUCUGCUCCCUCUUGUAGACAGCAGCCUUGAUUUUGAUGACUCCAUCUUUCUCUAUCCCGACCACCACCGAGAUGCCGCAAGAUCAAGUGCAUUCUCCGAGUUUGUGGACAAGACAGUCGCUCUGUUAAGUACCUGUCCCAUCAAGACUCUCUCCGUGAAUGGCCGCUACGAAAAGUCUCGUGUUGACGAUUGGAUUCGCGUCGCGUUACAACCCAGCUUAUCGGAACUACACUUGCGGUGUCCUCAUCGGAUAGACAAAGAUAGAGCAGAGUUGUUGUUUCGGUCCAAAACAUUGGUUAAGCUUACACUAUCCGGUGGAUGCGUUAUCGAAGCCCUCCCUGAUGGACACAUGGACUUUACUGAUCAACUUUUUAUGGAUGAGAAAAUAAACGAAGAUAGGUGUUUCCCAUCGCUCAAAUCGCUUUAUAUCGGCGAUAUCGUGAUAGAGGAGUCCUAUUACCACAAGCUCAUCCUUAUGUGCCCCGUUCUGGAAGAAUUGUUCAUACAUAACGAUGGCGAAUCACACCCGCCGAGUUGGAUUGGAUUUGCGCCAUGUCGUACUUUGAAGCGACUUGUGAUUUAUUACGUCGUUCCACCCGAGUAUAAAGAUGUUUACGAUGAUCAAGAAGCGCUUCAUUUCGGCUGCAAAUUGAUCUUCACAUUCGACAACCUCGUUACUUUAUCAUUCGAGAGCGACAAGGAUAAAAGCUGGCAAGUUCUGCCACGUCUGCUCAGAAAGACCCCAAAGCUACAAAAUUUAGUCAUCAAGGGUCUCUUGCAUCGAGUAACAGGUAGAUGUGGAGAUGUGUGUCCUUGCUAUCAUCGUCCCAAACGUAAGGGAGUGAUUGAUUGGCGAAAAGAGAAAGUGUCUUGUUUACCGUAUCUUCCACUGAAGGUGCUAGAGAUCUCAGGAUACGGAGGAACUUGUAGAGAGAUUGAACAGAUGAGGUUUUUUUUGGGAAGCCUGCAAUACCUCGAACUCGUGAAAAUUGGUGUUCAACCAGGGUCAGACUGUAACAAGUUGAGAUCGAACCUAAUGAGAUUUCCUAGAUUCUCAUCCAAGUGCAACAUCCAGUUCAUCUGA